UGUAUCAUAGUUGAAAAUACUUUAAAUUUUUACUUGUAGAAUUCUGCUGUUCAUGCUGUGGCUAUUGGUAAGACUUUUGCCGCGCGUAGUUAAAUACGUUUCAAUUUUGGUUUUUGCGAGGGAUUGAAAAUUAAGUUCGGUGUUCAUAAAUUUUUCAAAUGGACCUUAUUCUUUAUCAUCAAACUUACAUUCAAUCGACUUUAAUACAAAUAAGAUGAAGGUAACAUCCGUCGUAGCAUCUACUGCUAUCUUAGUCUCCCAAUUGUUUGGGUUAACCAAUGCUGCCAUUGAAGGCUUACAAAUCGAAACUCUUGUUGCUGUCCCUCCAAAGGAAUGUUAUGCUACGGCUGAAAGUGGUGAUUUAAUCAGUGUCCAUUAUACUGGUACUUUAGAUGAUGGAACUGUUUUUGAUAGUUCUUAUCCAAGAGGUCAACCAAUUGUGUUUCAAUUAGGUGUAGGACAAGUUAUUCCAGGUUGGGAUCAAGGUUUAAUUGGAAUGUGUGUUGGUGAAAAGAGAAAAUUAGUCAUUGCUCCUGAAUUGGCCUAUGGUGAUAAUGCCAUUGGUCCAAUUCCAGCUAAAUCUACUUUAACUUUUGAAUCUGAAUUAAUUCAUAUUGCAGGUAAAGAUCCAGUCGAAGAAGAAUCUGUUCCAGAUUUAGAAGAAGACGACGAAGAAGCAAUUGAAGAAGAAGAAGAAGAAGAAGAAGAAGAAGUCCAUGAUGAAUUAUAAAUAAUAUCAUUACCUCCUAACAUAGAACAAUCAUAAAUAUAUUACUUAUCCGUGAUCCUAUUCUGCAGAUCAUCAAUGUUAUGAUAACUUUAGAAUGACUCUAUCCUGUAGAUUAAGGUCUAACAUGUAGAUAUUAACAAUGACUUUUUGGUUUAUCAAAUCGUAUUUGGAGUCAUCAAAAUCGUGAUUAUU